AUGUCUUUAAAAGGUACUCUAGCUAUGGUCGUCCUCCUCAUAAGUCAUAACCUUAUGGCAAAAAGUCUCAAACGGACCAACCUCCCAAACCCCUGUGACGAAGCAGUGGAAGUUUCACGACAUUCUGUAAAGAUGAAGUAUACAUUACUGUUUCUGUUACUCGUGACCGUCGUAGCGUUUAGCUACGAACAAGAGGAGCCUAAUAAUCCUCCCGAUGCAGAGUUCUACAAGAAUCUUGAACCUUUAAAACGGUUUGUAAGACAAAUGCCUCCGCCGCCCGAGAUGCCGCCACCUCCUCAGAUGUCGAAAUUUGAGCAUUCGGACUUUAACUUUGAAAAUAGACAAAAAAGAGAGGCGAAAGGAGUAGGCGGUGCUCUACCAACAAGAAAAGUGACAAAAGUUCCUCAGAACGUUGCCAAUUUACAAAUGAAAAUUAAGUUACCUGAAAAGUUUAAAGGGACUAUAAUAGAGAAAUGGACAAACUAUUGGAAAAAUCUCUUCAUAGAUUACCGACAAAUGCUUAAAGAUUUACGCACUGAUAUACAAGAAGAACCGAAGAAGGCUCUCAUUUGGACCACUGGACUCGCAACUACCAUCGCGCUAUGUCGUAACAAUCCCGACGAACUUGACUAUAGGAAUCAAAUUAAGAAAAUAACAAACGAAGUUAUUCUAGUGAGUGAGGAAUGUAGGAAUGUAAAUUCUUUGGAGCACUUAAACUAUGUACAAAGAUGUUACAAUGAAGGAGUUAUCCAUUACGCAAACUUAGGAAUAUUUUCGUUUAUGUACACCACGGAUUUAAACGAUUCUUGUGAUCUGUUCAAAAACCAGUGUUCAUAUUUAAAACCUUCAUAUUUAAGUUUAUAUUCUCGCAUUGUUGACGUUGGAUUUAUUGGAAAAUGGUGGAAUUUACACAUUAAAACAACCAACUAUGAUGUUAAUAUUUAA